AUGAAUGGUCUUAUCAUUUGUGCAUUCUUAUCUGUCGUAUAAUGUUGGUGGGAUAUGGGGCACAUGAUGACAGCCUAAAUAGCUAAAAACUAAUUAAGAGACACUAGACCAGAUGUAUUAGCUUGGGCAGACUCCUUGGUGUAGGAUUUCAAUUCUCUCACUGAUGGUCGCACAAACACUUUUGUUGAGGCAGCAGUAUGGAUGGAUGACAUUAAGGAGACAGGAACCUCUUUCCUUAAUGAUUGGCAUUACACAGAUAAACCAAUCAAUCCUGAUGGGUAUGGAGUAUACAUUAAUAAAUCUAGACUCUUAAUCAAAAUUGAGGAUCAAGGAAGGAACAUCAACUCCAUCUAUGCGAUAAACUAAGCCACAGCUGUUUUGACUAAUAGCAAGACUGCCAAGAAUCGACAUACUGUAUUUAAGGCCUAGAUGUUGAGAGUGUUACUGCAUGUAAUUGGAGAUAUGCAUUAACCAUUGCAUGACACCACAUUUUGGAAUGAUACUUUCCCAAAUGGAGAUGCUGGAGGCAAUUUCAUGAAAAUUCAAAUUUAGUUAAAAAAUGCCACUUUUGUAAAUUUCCACUCUUAUUGGGACUCUGUGGCUUUCACUAUGGCCUCCAAUACUACAUAUAUGUCUCGACCUUUAUCUUAAUCAGAUCAUGAAUAUCUUGAUAAGUGGUCAAAUGACAUAAUUUAAAAAUUCCCCAUUAACAAAUAUUCGAAUUAUGACAUGACGUAUUUGACUAAUCCUGCUGUGUGGUCAUUCUUGGGAUUCAGAUAGGCCUAAUAAUUUGUUUACCCUAUGCUCUAGAAAUCGAACACUUACAACAGUGAUUAUGAGAAACAGGCAAUUGAAUUUUGCCAAGAAAAUCUUGCCAUUGGAGGAUAUAGAUUGGCAUCAAAGUUAAUUGAGAUUUAUGAUCAAAUCUUACAGAAUGAAGCCAAGGUGUCAAUAGCAGAAUGA